AUGGAAGUUGUUGAGGACAUUGUGAUUGUUGGAGCUGGUAUUGCCGGCUUAGCAACAUCCUUGGGCCUUCACCGGUUGGGAAUCCGAAACUUGGUAUUGGAGUCACCAGAGAGUUUGAGAAUCACAGGGUUGCAUUUACAACAUGGGCCGAUGCUUGGAAGGCAAUGGAUGCCUUGGGCAUCGCUGAUUUUCUUCGCCAACGACAUGGCCGCUUGCACGGAUAAUAACUUCCAACACAUUAAUUUAUGGGCUUUUCUGGUUAGUUUAUUUGAGUCAAUGGAUCGAUGCACUAGACAAUCCAUUUUCAAGACACCAUAUUUUUUUCAAUUUCCCUCUAUUUAUAUAGUUUUAUGUGAAGAUAUGAAGGAUUUAACCCAUUUCAAUUUAAAAGUGUAUUUGNUCAGAGAGUUUGAGAAUCACAGGGUUGCAUUUACAACAUGGGCCGAUGCUUGGAAGGCAAUGGAUGCCUUGGGAAUCGCUGAUUUUCUUCGCCAACGACAUGGCCGCUUGCACGGAUAA